UAUCUAUAAUGAAUCAAAAAUUGCUACAAUUGGUCCCAAUGGGUGUGGGAAAAGCACUUUGUUAAAAUAAAUUAUGGGUUUGGAGAAAUCUACUGCUGGUGAAGUUUAUAUUAGGGGAGCAAAAUGUCAUCCCAAAUUAUUUUGAGCAGAAUCAGGUAUAUUACCACUACCAGGACCUAGUUUAAGAAUUCCUUUCUUGUGCAUUUAGGUUUUUAUCCUUUUAGCACUAUAAAAGAUAUGCUUGAUAGGAAGGUCUCCUUUCUGAGUGGUGGAGAGAAGGUAGUAUUGUCAAAAUACUAAUCCUCAGCUCUGCCUGAGUGUUUUACUCAAUCUCUUCCAAUGUCAUUGGAAGGCUUACCACAUCAUUUUCUGCUUCUUCAGACUCGCUUGGCGUUCUGUAAAUUCAUGGUGAAAAAGUCAACUUUACUGGUUCUCAAUGAACCUACCAAUCACUUGGAUAUACCUACAAAGGAGAUGCUUGAGGAAGCUAUACAAGAGUAUGAAGGUACUGUCAUUACAGUUUCCCAUGAUCGGUAUCUUGUUCAUCAAAUAGUUAACAGAGUGAUUGAGGUGAAGGACGGAAAUCUACAAGAUUAUGUUGGGGACUACAAUGUAAGUCUUGAAUUGCUUCACUUUAUAUGAUUCUGGUUCUUUUUAUUUGGCUUCAAUUUUGGUUUGUUUUGUGUUGUUCAUUUCUUUUGUUGUGGGAAAUAUUCCUGGGCUCAUUUUAGUCAAGUCAGAGCUAUAGGAUGUGUUUGACAGGUGAAUUAUCUACGGAAUUUGCUUUCCUUUCCUAAUAUUAUAUACUGGAUACUCCUACUUUUACCCAGAUAACUAAAUUUUUAUAGACAAAAGAAACUAUUCCAAUUGGUCUCCUCGAAAUGUCUUUUGAGUUUUUCUACCGGUUAAAAUACAAAUGCACUUUGCUAUAGUUAUACAAACUGAUCACUUUGACAUGUGGACCCUGUUUGGGUUUGAUACACCUGAUCUUUUGGUUAGUGCCAAUUUCUGCUGUGCUAAAUGUAUAAAUUUGCUGGUAAUGUAUUGUAUUAUCUUGUUGUGUAUACAUUUUGCAUGAAAAUAUUGGCAUUUUUCUCUGAACUCAUAAUCUCUCAUAACCUCUCUAUGGACUCUCUCAGAAUAAUGCGUGUUAUGCUAACUAUUGUUGUCUGGUGUACAUCUAUAGCUGCAUUAGCCUGCAU